GCUAAGCUAAUAUGAACUGUGAGUCUGAUCUUUACAAGUGUUAAGAAUCAAAGUAAAGAUAAAUUCCUCUCAAGCACGCACUAGCAAUGAGACUCGAAUAUAAUACUUUCGACUCACCUAAUGAAACAUCUAUCAUUCGAUCAAAUCAACCACUAGACCAAACCUUUCUAAAUAUACAUGAGAAACUCAUAUCAAUAAAUACAAACAUAUAAAGAACUUCACCAUGCCAAAGAACUCUGGUAUAGAUCAUAACUAUCUUUUAGGCUUUUAGAUUUUUGAUAGAUAGCAAAAUCUUCCCAUUGGUCCACUUGCUCUUUUUCCCCUUGUCUUUUUCCAUUUUGUCCUCCUCACAUUAGUUAGUAUAUAAAAGGAAGAGGAAAACAAAGCAAAAAGAGCAACAAAAAGAAAUAAAGGAAACCCAUGUUUUGUUAUCUCACUUUCUUUGUCUAGAAAUUUCCUUGCCCAUACCCUUUUUCUACAAAAAAAAAUCAAUAAAAAACCCCUUACUAAAGAAAUAAAGCCCUAAAUUUAAUUGGCCUAACUCAAAUCUUUUUUCUUUGUUGGGUAUCUUUCAAUAUAUUCCUUUAUUACUUACUCAAAAAUAAAUUGAAAGUUCAUACUUUAUUUAGUUCAUAAUAUUACACUUUCUAAGAUUUUUGAUACACAAAAAUAUAUUUUUCUUUUGUAAAAAUCGAAAAGAGAGAAAGAAAAAAUGAAGAUUCAAUGUGAUGUGUGUGGGAAACAAGAGGCCAUAGUGUUUUGUACAGCAGAUGAAGCAGCACUUUGUGAAGGGUGUGAUUAUAAGGUGCACCAUGCCAACAAGCUUGCUAGCAAACAUGCUCGUUUUUCUCUUCUUCUUCCUUCUUUCAAAGAUGCUCCUCUUUGUGAUAUUUGCCAAGAGAAAAGGGCAUUCUUGUUUUGCAAAGAAGACAGGGCAAUAUUAUGCAGAGAAUGUGACAUACCAAUACAUAAAACAAAUGAACACACACAAAGUCACAAUAGAUUUCUUCUCACUGGGGUUAAACUCUCAGCUUCAUCAGCUACAUACCCUACUACUCCUCGUUCAUCUACCUCGUCCGAGCCGAAUUCCAUGUCACAAACUAGAUCAUCGGUUACAAUCUCUAGCUAUGAUCAUGACAUGUUUAACCAACACAACGCAACUCCAUCAUCAACAACGACGACGACAAAUAAUUAUGAUCAAAUUAAUGAAGAGGGUAUAUCAGAAUACCUAAUGGAGACUUUACCUGGUUGGAGAGUAGAAGAUUUGCUUGACUCUUCUUCAGCUUCUCAAAAUUUUUGUAAGAUUUCUGACUACACAAAUAUAAAUCCAGUAAAUACAAACCAACAAGUUGAGGAAAGUAUGGGUGGAUUUGGUUCAGAAAGUAACUCAGUAAUGUGGGAACUUCAUCAACAAGCUCAUAAUGUUGGACCACUUGUUUCUUCCCAUAUUCCUACUAACUUUCAUCAGAGAUAAUUUUUUACAUUUUAUGGGAGCCCAUCAACAUGAUAUAAAGGUGUCUCCUACUGUCAAGAAAAUGCUGCAAUUUUGAUUCUUCAAGAAAAAAAUAUCAUGCAAUUGUACAUUAUCUCAAUUUCCUCAUUAAAUAUCAUAUAUUUAUGAAUUAUUUUACUUAUAAAAAUUUUGAUUUUUAGUGAAGUAAGUUUGAUGAUAGAUUGGUAUACUAUUAGGACUACUGAGGGAGUUUUAAUCGAUUGAGAGAAGAUACACUCUUUUAAGUCCGUGAAAAGUUACCAAGAAUCAUAACCAUAGACAUUGUGGAGUUACUUCCUAUGCAUAUUACGAAGUACAUAUUUAUAGACGCUUUUCCAUUACUAUCAUUUAUUACCCGCCUACCAAACGGAUCAUUAGAGUUAGGGAACUAGUGAUGAGUAGUAAUAACAUUCAAAACUAUAUAGGUAAUGAAAAUUUAUACGUAGUACUACAAAAACUAUAUUGGUAAUGGAGA